UCACAUGCCGCGCUGCUGCUAGUCGCCGUCCGCCGCGACCAGAGGGAGAGCAGCAGAGCAGCGGCUCGACUAGGAGGAGGGUCGGAAGGAACGCAGCGAGGACCGGAGAUGGGGUUCGUCUCAUUCGUCGGCCGGGUGCUCUUCGCCUCCAUCUUCCUCCUCUCCGCGUACCAGGAGUUCAGUGAGUUUGGGUCUGAUGGUGGACCGGCAGCAAAGUCGCUGAAGCCCAAGCUUGACCUCUUCGUCAAGCAGGUGUCUGCCAACAUAGGAAUGGGAGUGCCACACAUUGAUAUUAAAACUGUCAUUGCUUCUACCAUGUUCCUGAAAGCCUUUGGUGGUCUCCUGUUCAUCAUAAGCAGCUCGUUUGGAGCGUUCUUACUGCUUGUAUACUUGGCAUUCAUAACCCCUGUUGUGCACGACUUCUACAACUAUGAGAUGGAGUCGCAGCAAUUUGUUCAGCUCUUUUCCCAGUUUUCACAGAGCGUGGCCUGUUUUGGCGCGCUGCUCUUCUUCCUGGGGAUGAAGAACUCUAUCCCAAGGAGGCACUCGAAGAGAAGGGCCGCAAAGGCCAAGACAACUUGAUCAAAGCCAGCAGUGAUUUGUAAUAGGAUUGGAAAGCUAUUGGUAGUAACAUUUAGCUCGUCCUGGUUUUACGUAUACUUUUGAAAACAGCACAUACCGCAUUUUUUGCCUAUAGAAUCUGUGAACUGAUGGGGACCUGCAGAUUUGAUACUAUGUAGAAAUGUAAGCCUGUCUAGCUUGCUCAGUUAUGUUUUUGGUAUAUGUAUAGCUAUGGGGUUUUGUGACAUGGUAGGUUUUGUUCAAGAUCAAACGGUACAUUCUUCACCAUUGUUUCUAUUAGCUUGCACCUUUGAUGAAUGGACGUCCUGUGUUAAUAAUUUAUUCUUGGUUACAAACA